AAGAGGAGAAUUCACGUAGCUUUUCUGUUUAUUCUUUGUUUAUUCCAAGCGGCGUGUGUUAAACAGGGUUGCGCUAGUUUAAUUUUGACUUCUUAACGAUGUACUAAGUGUAGUUUAUUAGCGUAUUUGCGUAAAGAAAACUCGUUUAAGAUUUAUAUCCAUUGGCAAAUACAUCGUCUUUGUCUCCUUGUCUUAUUUGACAUGUUUUCUUCAAAUAAUCCCGACAGCGAAGAUACAUGCAUGGGUUGUAGAAUGACCAAGGGAAAAAGAGCGAAGAAAAAUGUCCAAAAAGACGAGAAUCACAUUGAAAGCAUUCCAGAUGACUUGGAGUCAAUGAAACGAAAAGAUUUACAAAAACUUUGUAAAACUUACAAUCUAAAAGCUAAUGGAAAGAAUUCAGAACUAGUAGAGAGGCUACGAUGCCACUUCAAUACAAUCAAACUAACAGACAUUGGCAGCGGGGAAACUGAGGCUGGCAAAGAGAAUGUCGUUGUUGAAGAUAAUGGCUGUGACAAUGUUGAUGUAGCGCCUAAUAAAGUCCAUCAAGAUGAAUGUGACGAGAAUGUCAAUACAUUAUCACCGGCCGGAAAACCUGGGGAAAGUGCGCAGCCAACAUCAAACACAUCUUCUCCUAAAGAUUGGAACUGGUUGGCCCGAUGGUGUGUCGUUGAUGGUGUCCUUAAACAAGACGCUGCGGAAAGAUGGGUUCAGAUUCAAUUGGUUGGUGGGCGGCCAUUAAUCAUAGACACAAAAACAAAAGAACGUUAUGAUUUUGUGCUGGAACCAACAAUAUUACCCACGCCAGAGGAAUACGAGGAUAAUUAUAUAUGUGGUGAUUGUGUGAGGAAAAACCAUGAAAAAUUGUCAGGUUGGAUUGGAAUAAGAAAGAGUGGCCUUACUGAAACACCAAAAUCUUCUCUAGGUAAAGAAAACCUGAAUAAUAAUAGUCUAUUAAGGCAGUCAUUCAAACGAAAGAGAGAAGACGUCAUAUCACCAAAUUUCACAUCAGAAUUCAUUGACUUGGUUGAUACUCCAAAUAAACUAAGACGACUGAAUCCACAGAGUUGCUCUCCAGCCAGCCCGCAGGUCAGGCGUGACAGAGGAGAGGAUUUUCAAUUACCAAAGAACCUUUUGAAACCUUUCAAACCGAAAAAGGCAAAGAAAACGCCGCCAAAGGAGGACCCAGAUUACGCUCAAAAAGUCGAGAAAAUUAUCACAGAUUUAUCACCUGAAGAACAGCGAAAUCUUGUGUUUGGUCUGGGAAACUCUGAUCUUCCAAGAUCACCUCCGCAUACGAAGUAACUAUGAGAUUAAAAUUAGGGAAAAAUUGACGAAAAUUUGAAAGCAAGACAAAAGCAAAGAUUGAAGGUAUUUGACCGUCUAUUUUGGAAACGUAAUUUUUUAAACUGUUUACGGGAUUAGAAUAAUUGGACGGACAUUGCUAAAAAUAUUGGGUUUGCAUGUCCAGUUGAAAAUACUUCGUGAGAUGUCGUCUGAUAUUCCUAGUCACAUGUCUCCCAAUGUGGGAAUAUCAGUAAGUUGACAAAGUUCUGUGCUACAACGAUCUGAUGUUGUUCAGAACUCAUAAUUCAGGGUUAACCAUGGCUUCUGCAUCAUGCAGAGCUGGUACGUGUUCUUGAAUAAGAGCCGCCCUAAACUGGUCAGAUGUUAGUGCGACAUCGUACCAGGAUUUUUCCAGAAAACAAACAAAUCAUUCACAAAUAAGGCAAGAUCUUUAGAAAUUCAAAACUUCAAAUCGGGGUUGAUCAGCUGUAAUUCAUUUCGACAACUUUGGCAUGAUUCAUGCACGAUGAACUGUAAUAUUUGUAUAGUCUUUUAAUUUUCAUGGACAAUUUUGAUUUGUAAAAAUGUCGCGAGAUAAUUUUCAUGCGUAGCCUGUAAAUCAUUAUUUAAAUUAGCUGUCAUAGGCAGCUGUAGAAAAAAAGGUAAUUUUUAGCACCCCAAGACGCGGGUGCACGAGAUAAACCUGGAGUGAGAUGUUGUCAUUUAAUUCUUGGCUUUCUUGGGAGCGCAAUGGGCUGGUUACGUAAUCAUUAAAAUCUCCGGUCGGAAUUAGUGCCUUCCCUUUGCGUUACUGAGCUCGAAAAUAUUUGACCGCGCACGCGAAAUUGUUUGACCGCACACGCGAAAAUGUUUAUUCGAAAAAACUGGAAUGACGACAUAAUCUUUUGCUGUUCCUACGAUCGACUGUGAUUGGUCAGUUGAUCACCAUAUAUGGUAAUUAGGGCUGAGAGAUAUUUGAUUGUGAAGGAUGGUUAUGAUCGUCACAUGACAAGUUAAUAAACUAACAAGUGAAGCAUUGUUACCAAGCACCUAGACAUUACGUAAUCAAACCUAUUAAAAUA